AUGAAUUUAAGAACAAAAAUCCAAACUCACUUAAAUGAAUUAAAAUUGAAAAUAAGUAUUUUUAUUUUUUUACAUAAUUCAGAGAAUAUUGAUGAAAUAUUAACUUAAAUCAAAGAAAUUGAAAAAUAAAUAUAAAAUUAAAUUAUUAACUUUUAAUUCCAUAAAAAAGCAUGGGGAAUGUUUUGGAAUAAUAAAUCAAUCAUCAAUAUUAAAAAGCAUUAAUAUUUAGUUUCAAUUCCAGAUCUUUAUAUUCCAAAUAGAUCUUAGAAUUGUUCUACAGCUCCAAGUCCUGGAAUGAAGGUCUAAAUUAAAAGUGCUUAUAAAAAAGGUCUAUAGUGUAAUUUUGAAUUUUGA